AUGAAUUUGACGGAGAUUUGUGACAAUGCUAAGAAAGGAAGAGAAUAUGCGCUGUUGGGAAACUAUGACUCAUCCAUGGUGUACUAUCAAGGAGUCAUACAACAGAUACACAAGCACUGCCAGUCUCUCAGAGACCCUGCCCUCAAAGUCAAAUGGCAACAGGUGAGGCAGGAGCUGGUGGAGGAGUAUGAACAGGUAAAAAGCAUUGUCACCACACUAGAGAGUUUUAAGAUGGACAAACCGGUGGACUUUCCUAAUCCGCAGCCAGAGGAGUGUCCGCGGGACCCAGCAGUCUGGCCGCCGCCAACACCAGCAGAGCACAGGGGACCUGCCCAGGUGAAGAGACCAAACAGUGGAAUGAAACCUCAGAAGAAGGACUCACCUGGGCUACAGCAUCGCGGGCCCACGGGCCGAGCCCAGCCCAACCCCAGACAGGACCGGCUGGGUCCCAGAGACAACAAGGGGAGCAAAGCUAGAGAUGAAAAGAGUAAGAAGAGUAGCCAAGAAGGAGUUGGAGAGGGAGAGCUGAAGAAAUUUGAUGGUACUGGGUAUGACAGUGACCUUGUGGAUGCCCUUGAGAGAGACAUUGUGUCCAGGAAUCCAAACAUCCACUGGGAUGACAUUGCAGACCUGGAAGACGCCAAGAAACUGCUGAGAGAGGCGGUGGUGCUGCCCAUGUGGAUGCCAGAUUUCUUCAAGGGCAUCCGCCGCCCGUGGAAGGGUGUGUUGAUGGUCGGACCGCCGGGCACAGGGAAGACGAUGCUGGCUAAAGCUGUGGCCACGGAGUGCGGCACCACUUUCUUUAACGUGUCCUCCUCCACUCUCACCUCCAAAUACAGGGGCGAGUCAGAGAAGCUAGUGCGACUGCUUUUUGAAAUGGCAAGGUUUUAUGCUCCUACCACCAUUUUCAUCGAUGAAAUUGACUCCAUCUGCGGGAGACGGGGCACAUCAGACGAACAUGAAGCGAGUCGCCGAGUGAAGUCUGAGUUACUGGUGCAGAUGGAUGGUGUGGGGGGUGCGUUGGAGGGUGACGACCCGUCCAAAAUGGUCAUGGUUCUGGCCGCCACCAACUUCCCCUGGGACAUUGACGAAGCUCUGAGGAGGAGACUGGAGAAGAGGAUCUACAUCCCACUGCCCACAGCUAAGGGGCGAGCGGAGCUGUUGAAGAUCAGCCUGCGGGAGGUGGAGCUGGCCCCCGACGUCGACCUCGCCCUCAUCGCUGAAAAAAUCGAAGGUUACUCCGGUGCCGACAUCACGAACGUCUGCAGAGAUGCGUCUAUGAUGGCGAUGAGGCGGCGAAUCCAGGGCCUGAGCCCAGAGGAGAUCCGAGCGCUCUCCAAGGACGAACUGCAGAUGCCCGUUACCAUGGAAGACUUUGAGCUGGCGCUCAAGAAGAUCUCCAAAUCCGUAUCUGCCGCCGACUUGGAAAAGUACGAGUCCUGGAUGACGGAGUUCGGGUCGGUUUAG